AUGGACAUGAAUUCACCGCUCGCAAACGCCAUGAUGGCAAUUCGGGGCACCAAGAGCUUCAAAGGCUAUGAGCGGGGGCUGAUCGACGCCUUUCUCAUGGCGGAGCAGAAACCUUUAACUGGUUGGGCGGAUGAUGAAACUGUGUCUAUAACCAGCUUCGACAAGGCGGAGGAGCCAGAGGUUACAGAGGACGAAUCUGUUCCUAGUAGUUUCGAUGAGAGAGCAGAGCUAGAGCUUGUGAAGGCUGAUGUUGUUCCUUGCAGUUUCAAGGAGAACGUAGAGCUUACAGACGCCCAUAUCAGCAGGGGAGAAUUGUUUGUAAAGCGAAAAGAGGCUCUUCCAAGCAGGUUCGACACUGUGGCAGAGCUUACAGGAGCUCCUCCCGAGAACAUCCAACCACCCAGCUGUGCGCAGGCUGAGACUGAAGAGGCUCCGUUGAUAAUUGUCAGGUCGAUCAAGACUUACGGCAAAAGGCCUGGCGGCCCACUCGAGGCAGUCCAGGGGGCGAAGAGGGUCAGAGUGGACGAAGCUCCCAUCCCUGUGUCCAGUUCAGCUGCUACGCCGGUGGUUGGCCAGGCUUUUCAACCAGUCUACGUCAUGGACACCUUCGCGAGUAAACGAUUGAGGGAAUAUGAUCGCGGGGCUCCCAUUCCUGCGUCUAGUUCAGCUACAACGCUGGUGGUUGUCGAGGGUUUUCAAUCUGUCAACGCGAUGAAUACAUUCGUAAGCAGACAACUGAGGGAACAUGAUCACGGGGCUCCCAUCCCUGCCCCCAGUUCAGCUACUACGCCGGUGGUUCGCGAGGGUUUCCAAUCAGUCUACGUGAUGGACACCUUCGCGAGCAGACGAGUGAGGGAACAUGAUCAUAUAUACCAGAGAUUCAGAACAGUCGCUGCACUGAAUCCGACUGGCGUGGGUCGCCGGGUUGAUUCAUCCUGGCUCCACGGUGAGGAGAUGCUGAAGAAUGAUAAUAGAGGGAUAGUUGAAACUAUUUGUUAUUUUGAGAAUUCUGAUGGCCUCCACGAGUCUGGAAGAGCGCAAUAA